UCUAAUCAUUUAUGCUCACUAAUCACCUGUCUUUACAUCUGCCCCAAAUCAUUUUCUCUCUCCGAUCUCCCUUUUUCAGCCUCAACUACACAUGCAUAUAAACAAAACAAAUACAUACACAAAUUUAGCAUCAACUACUUUCACUUCGCUGCUUUGACCAAAUCAAGAAUCCUCUUUCAGAUUGUAAUUUGAAGACACUCAAAUUUGACACUUGUACGAAGCAUUACGUAAAUGCAUAGUGGAUGUCUGGUGUCCUAGCUUUUGAGGAACGGAGUAGUAGUUUUUGCUAGUGGAAGAUUGAAAUUUCGUUUUUGUCUGUAUUUAAUAAAUUAAAACUGCUGUAUUGGAAUGGGAUCCAGCUGUUCAAAGGUGACCUUGUGUUGUUUUAGUUCAGAGCAUAACGGACCUGUUCAUGAAGCCAAUAAUACUGAAAACGAGGAGAAAAGUGAAAUUGGCGAUUUACCUACAUUUCGUGAAUUUUCUGUCGAGCAACUUAGGACGGCUACAUCUGGGUUUGCAGUAGAGAACAUAGUUUCUGAACAUGGGGAGAAAGCUCCAAAUGUGGUUUAUAAGGGGAAGUUGGAUAAUCAGAGGCGGAUAGCUGUCAAACGUUUUAAUAGGUCUGCUUGGCCAGAUGCACGUCAGUUCAUGGAAGAAGCAAAAGCUGUUGGCCAGCUUAGGAACCACAGAUUGGCCAAUUUGCUUGGCUGCUGCUGUGAAGGGGAUGAGAGGUUACUGGUUGCUGAAUUUAUGCCCAAUGAAACUCUUGCGAAACAUCUAUUUCACUGUGAGUCCAUUUUGAUUGAUGUUAAAAUGCUUCUGCAAUUGUUAGGAAGAGUUACCCCAGAAAGUGUGAUUUACAGCUUUGGAACGCUUUUGCUUGACCUUCUAAGUGGAAAACACAUCCCACCAAGUCAUAUUGUUUUCCACGUGCAGCUUUCAUUCCAGAUGUGGACAAAUCAAAUGCAGGAUACAUUGAACUCAAAGAAAAAGGGCGAUGUGGCUUUCCGACAUAAAGAUUUUAGGGUUUCCAUUGAAUGUUUUACACAGUUUAUUGAGGUUGGAACAAUGGUCUCCCCAACUGUUUAUGCUCGCCGAAGUUUGUCAUAUCUCAUGAGUGAUGUGCCCGAGGAGGCCCUCAAUGAUGCUGUGCAAGCACAAGUUAUAUCUCCUGUUUGGCAUAUAGCUUCGUAUUUGCAGGCUGCUGCUCUUUUUGCUUUAGGAAGGGAGAACGAGGCCCAAAUUGCACUCAGAGAAGGUUCCAUACUCGAAGAGAAGAGAAACGUAACAUCCUGAGUGACAGGAUACAGCGUGCAGGGAUUUUCUGGCGCUGAGAGAUGUGUAUAAAUGACGAGGAGGAUCAUGGUUCAGGGACAGACAGCAUCAUCAAAGUCAGAGCAACUCAUAAGAACGUAAUGUUAUCGUUGUUGGAAGUAUCUUUCUCUUCAUGAUGGAUGGGCUGUUUCCUUGGGAUUGAUGCAUCAAAUGCUUUCGCUUUGUGCAGUGAGUUUGGCUUUGCAGAAUCAAGGAAAAUAUGAGUUGGGGCAGUGAAAAGGGAUGAAUGGAUCACUAUGUUGAUAAAGAGACCUGUUUUUCUUAUUUGUAUUUUGUCACUCAUUUCUUGUUUGUUGGUUUUUAGAUAAUUUUAUUUGCUUCAUUCAGUAUAUUGUUUGUAUUUGGCAUUGUUUCAAAUGAAUGCUUGAAUUGGGUUGAAAAUAAGUUGAGCCCCUGAUCUGUUUAUACUCUUA